UUCCGAUUUAUUUGCAACCGGCACAAUUUUGCAUUAAAAUCUAGGCAAAAUGUCCUCGCCAGCGCCCAAAUCACCGGAGCUUUCGGAUAAAAGCAAGAAAUAUGAUAGACAAAUCAGGCUAUGGGGCGAGCACGGUCAGACGCUUUUGGAGGCUGCUACUAUUUGCUUAGUGAAUGUUACGGCCGUGGGAUGUGAAACGGCGAAAGGAUUGGUACUACCCGGUAUCGGAGGCUUCACUGUGGCAGAUGGUAGCACUGUCAAAGAGGAGGACUUGGGCAACAAUUUUUUCCUAGAUCACAGCUGUUUAGGAAAAUCUAAAGCUUUCGCUUGCAUGCAGCUUCUCCAGGAGCUUAAUCCCGAUGUUAAUGGUGAUUAUGUGGAAGAAAGUGCGGACUAUAUAUUGGCCAACAGGCCCAAUUUCUUCGACAGCUUUGAUUUGGUCAUUGCCUCCAAUUUGAAUGAGCAGACGUUGCUCCUUUUGGCCAACCGCUUGUGGGAGGUCAAUGUGCCCCUGAUCUACUGCCGAUCCCUGGGCAUGCUGGGCACUAUACGCCUCCAAAUACGGGAGCAUUGCAUCGUGGAGGCGCAUCCGGAUAACAGGCAAUUUGAUUUGCGUCUAGAGCAUCCAUUCGAUUCCUUGCGGCAGCAUCUCGACAGCACCGAGGUGACCAGCAAGGUUCCUUGGCUACUGGUACUUCACAAAUAUUUAAACGUUUGGCAGAAGCAGCAGGCAGAUGGGGCUCAAACACCCCGAAAUUACAAAGAGAAAAAUCAAUUGAGGGAAGCAAUUAAAGAAGAAAUGAAGGCGGAUGAAGAGAACCACGAAGAAGCCAUCAAGGCGGUAAAUACAGCAUUCGGAGCGGGACACGUUCCUAAGGGUCUUAAAGACAUAUUCGAUGACGAUGCCUGUGAACAGCUGAACAAGAAGAGCAACGUCUUCUGGAUCAUGGCCAAGGCGCUGAAACACUUUGUGGUGCACGAAAAUGAGGGCUAUUUGCCGCUGCCUGGCGUUCUGCCAGACAUGACGGCCAACACGGACUCCUACAUUGCCCUGCAACACAUCUACCGCCAGCAGGCGCUUCAGGAUGCCGACCAGGUGUACCACAAGUGCCAGGAGUAUCUCAAGCAGCUGGCUCUGCCCGCCGACAGCAUUGAUGAGAGGAGUGUGCGUCUGAUAUGCCGGGAAGCUGCCGGAUUGGCUGUGUUUAGAGGCACUCGCAUUGCUGAGGAGUACGAGAAGAGCAGUCGACUUUUACAUCUUGUUGAGGACAACGAGCUACAGGGUGACCUCACGGCCUACAACUUUGCGCUGCGUGCCUAUGAGCGUUUCCUCAGUGAGUGUGGCAACAUUCCCGGUGAGUGCAUCGUAGAGCAGGAUAUUGGUCGCCUAAAGAGCAUUGCCGCCAAGAUGCUGAGCGAUCUGGGCAUGCAUGCCAGCAUCAGCGACGACGUGUUGCACGAGAUUUGUCGAUACGGCGGAGCCGAGUUGCAUGCCGUUUCCGCUUUUAUAGGUGGCUGUGCUGCCCAGGAGGUGAUCAAGGUGAUUACCAAACAAUACAAACCUAUAGAUAAUACUUUUAUAUACAAUGCUAUAACCACUGAAAGUGUCACAUUGAAGCUAUAAACGAAUCGUAUUUUAA